CCGGGUUGCCAGACGCUGCUGCUUCUGCUGCUUCUGCGAAAGCCUGUAGUUAACCUUAGGGGAGAUCAAAGGUCCCUAUUACGAUUCCCUCAGCGGGUCGUCCACUGCAGCUAGUCUCCCUUCCCCCCGGAUUUUGAAAUGCUUUACCUGAUCGGCUUGGGCCUGGGAGAUGCCAAGGACAUCACUGUCAAGGGUCUGGAAGUUGUAAGACGCUGCGAUCGAGUGUAUCUGGAAGCCUAUACCUCAAUCCUCACUGUAGGGAAGGAAGUCCUGGAAGAGUUUUAUGGAAGAAAAUUGAUUCUUGCUGAUAGAGAGGAAGUGGAACAAGAAGCAGAUAAUAUUUUAAAGGAUGCCAAUGUUAGUGAUGUUGCAUUCCUUGUGGUUGGUGAUCCAUUUGGGGCUACAACACACAGUGAUCUUAUUCUGAGAGCAGCAAAACUGGGAAUCCCUUACCGAGUUAUUCACAAUGCUUCCAUAAUGAAUGCCAUAGGCUGCUGCGGUUUACAGUUGUAUAAGUUUGGAGAGACAGUUUCUAUUGUUUUUUGGACAGACACCUGGAGACCAGAAAGCUUCUUUGACAAAGUGAAGAAAAACAGACAGAAUGGCAUGCAUACCUUAUGCUUACUAGACAUCAAAGUAAAGGAGCAGUCUAUGGAAAAUCUAAUCAAGGGAAGGAAGAUCUAUGAACCCCCUCGUUAUAUGAGCGUAAACCAAGCAGCCCAGCAACUUCUAGAAAUUGUUCAGAAUCAAAGACUACAAGGAGAAGAACCAGCAAUCACCGAAGAAACACUCUGUGUUGGCUUAGCCAGGGUUGGAGCUGAGGACCAGAAAAUCGCAGCAGGCACUUUGCAACAAAUGUGUACUGUGGACUUGGGAGGACCACUGCAUUCCUUGAUUAUCACAGGAGGCAGCAUGCAUCCGCUGGAAAUGGAGAUGCUAAGUCUAUUUUCCGUAUCAGAAAAUAGCUCAGAAUCCCAGAGCACUGAUGGACUCUGAACAUAGACAUUUCCUUCUGUGUAUGCACAGACAUAUUUGUAUAACAAAUGCAUGGGGUUUUUUGGUUUACUAAAUAAGUAUAAAAUAAGUGACCAAGAAGAUGUUGACUCAGCAAUUCUUUGUUUUCUGGUCGCAGAGUUUUUCCCUGGGAUACAUUCAGUUGCUGCUGCUCUUCUGGCUGUCUUUCAGGAAGAACACAUAUGAGACAUGUCAAGCUAGAGAACUUGUAAACAGACAUCCCUAGACAGAGUUGUGAAAAAGCAAUUUUUGCUUAUGAAACCAGUUUAUGCAAGGUGAAACUAUUCUUUGUAAAAAAAAAGUCAGGAACCUUCUUGACUGCAAGAUGGGUUGCUCAGGCAGCAGUAAGUAUGAAUGUGAAUCUACGUGGUGGGAGGAGUAAGUCCCACCCCCGCACCCCCCAGGAGCUCUUGAAGCUCCCCUGAGCACAUGCCAUCAAAUGAUGUUCUUCUGAAUUUCUUUGUUUUAUUGGACUGACAUCCUAAUUAUGUGGCUCAUGAUCUGCUGUAUUUUGGAGGUUAUAUAAUUGUUGAAUUAUGAAUAUUCCAUCAGCCAUAUACAGUUACCAUUUGUUUUUAAAUAGCAUUUUCACAUUCAAGCUGAUAAGUACAAAACUUGCUGAUUACACAAUUUAAAAAAAUUUAAACUUGAAGACAACAGAUUACUCAAGAUUUUUCAUCCUACUUAGUUAACAUGCCACUAUAUAUGUACACAUAUAUAUAUAUAUAUAUAUGUAUGUGUAUACAAGUCAUCACAUUCUUCUUACUAGUUCUAAAUAACACUUCAUUUGUUAUGUUUCAUGACCCUGGUGUUUUAUACUGUUAGUUCAUAACAGAAAGAACUUUGCUACAUGUGAGUUUAGUAGAUCUCAGUGAGUAUUUCCAAGGUCUAAUCAACUUAUCUUUGUUCAGUAAAUUUGUUGAACAAGUAUUUCCCUAUUUCCUGGAAGCAUCAGUUAACGAGAUUAGUUUGACACAUUUAAUUUCAUUUGAGAUAAAGGAUAUUUAAAUAUAUGUGAAACAUUCCAUGUUCAAUCUCUUGGACACAAAAGGAGACCUAAGGGCAUUUAAGUAGUGGUUCUGCAUUGUUUCCUUCUUAGUCAUUAAACCAAGCAUUUAAGAUUUAUAAAAUGAAGGACUUCCAGAUUUAGUAGUAGUGGAAUAGCUUGUCAUGUACAAACCCUCCCAAUUAUAAACUGUGGGGAAAAAACAUAAUAAAUAUCUGUCCAAAAGCACUGGGAAGUAACCAAGCCAAAGCAAUCUGAGAACUUGCUAAUAUGACUUUUCCCCUCAGAGCAUUCCCCAGGCUGACUCGCAAGAGAUGUCUAGAAGUCAAGAGUUAGAGUCUGACGUGUUUGAGGUAUUAGAGGAAUUGGGGGGCUGCUAGAGGAAAUGAAGGAUGAAAUUCUAGAAAUGAAGGUGGCACGGAGACAUGUAAUACCUUAAAUCUUUGGCUAACUCCCACAGUGUACAUCUGAAGGGAAAACUUGAAACAAAGUUAGUGGAAAAUCAAAUAGCUGGAAGGCUGGAAAAGCUGAGCAGAGAUUAUUGCUCUUCAUUGCAAGCUUUAAGUUUGAAUCUCAGCAAGUCAGAAGGAUUUGAUCAGCACUUUGGGCUUUGCAACAAAUCCCUAGAAUGACAACAUAUGAAUAAUAAAGACUGCCUACAUUUGCGGAUUUAUGUAAAAACUAAGGACAAGGAAUUUAAUGUAAUGAAAAGCAUAAAAAAUCAAGUAUAAAAAUUUCAUUUUUCAUGCUGUUAAGAGACCACUGUCAAUUUUUUUUUAUUGAGUAGCACAGGCUUAGAGCCUGUAUGUCACUCUACAAUCACUUCUAAAUGUCCGUCACCACCUACCACCAAUUAUUUGGCCCCUGUGGCUUAGUCCCCUGACUCUUUGGCUCAGGUAACCACCAUUUUGUUAACAGACUCUAAGUUUGGGGUUUCUUUUUUUGUUUCUUUCUAUUCCCCCAGUGAGUGAAAUUCUGUAUUAUUUCUUUCUCCUUCUGACUUAUUUAGUCCAUCCAUGUUCAUUUUAAUAUCCCAUCUUUAUCCAAUCAUCCACUGUUCGGCACUUGGUUUGCUUAUGUAUCUUGGCUAUUAUAAAUAGUAGCAGUGUUCUUUUGUAUAGAUAAACUAUAGAUGUUUAUCCAGUCACUAUUGGUUAUAUAGAUACACUACAGUUUGUUUAUCCAAUCACAAAUGGCUGUUCCCUUCUAGCAUUUGGUAUAGUUUUUUAAACAUUCACAUACAGAUUUUUGUGUGAACAUAAGGUUUAUUUCUCUAGAGUAGAUCAACGGGCCAUAUGGUAAAUAUAAAUAAAAUUUUUAAUAAACUGCCAACAUGAUUUCUGAAGUAUCAUUUAGAAUUCCCACCAACAUUAUAACAGUCCCCAUUGUUCUUUGUCAACACUUCA